UUCACAUACCAUUUUCGUUAUGGUAGAAGUCUUUCGUGAUAAAUUUUAAUGUAAAUAUUACAAUUAUUUAUAACUCAAGUUUAAUUAACUAAUCACAAAAUUGGAAUUGAACUUCCCAUCCAUAAUUAUUCAUUCAUAAUGCUUCUGUGAAGUUGAAAAAUUUGACCUGGGUCCACCUUGUCAUAGAUUGAUUUUUUUUUUUAAGAAAAUUGAAUUUAUCACUAUGAGGGUUGUGGCCUUGAUUAGUGGUGGAAAAGAUUCUAUUUUCAAUAUAAUGCAAUGUAUUGCUGCAGGUCAUGAGGUUGUAGCUUUAGCGAAUUUAUAUCCUAUUGGAAAAGAUGAAUUGGAAUCAUUUAUGUAUCAAACAGUAGGUCAUCAAGGAAUCGACUUUAUAGCGAAAGCUAUAGGCUUACCAUUAUAUAGAGAACCUACAUUUGGAAAAUCAUGUAUGCGUGAAAAAUAUUACUCUCCUACAGAAGAUGAUGAAGUAGAAGAUCUCUAUCGAUUAUUAGUUAAAAUAAUGGAAAAAGAAAAUAUCGAAGCAGUUUCAUCAGGUGCAAUUUUAAGUGAUUAUCAAAGAAUACGCAUAGAAAAUGUAUGUAGCAGAUUAGGGCUAGUAUCGCUGGCAUAUUUGUGGCGACGGAAUCAAGAUGAAUUAUUAAAAGAGAUGAUCGAGUGUUCGAUAAAUGCUGUACUGAUAAAAGUCGCUUGUCAAGGCCUCGAACCUAAACAUUUAGGCAAAUCUAUAUCAGAAAUGCAGCACAAUUUAAAUAUUCUCAGUGACAUGUAUGGAGUAAAUAUGUGUGGAGAGGGCGGAGAGUAUGAAACUUUUACUCUAGAUUGUCCCCUUUAUACAAAAAGUAUCGUUAUAGAUGAAUAUGAGAGUGUGGUGCAAUCAGAUGAUAAAAUAGCUCCAGUUGGAUAUCUUAAUUUUAAAAAAAUAAAAUUACAAGAUAAAGAUGGUAAUUUGGAUCACUUGUCAAUGCAGGAGAGACUCAAGGACAUUCCAAUAAAAACUCCUUAUGAUUAUAUAGCAGAAAUAACUAAACCUGAAUUACAAGAUGGUUGUAAUCUUUCAGACAGUGAUAACGAAGAAAAAGAAUGUGACAAUAAAAGUUUAAAAUCAUCUAAUUCAGGCCCAUUAAAUUCUCCAAGUCCUAUAGGAGAAAUAAAGAAGGACCAUAAUGAGGAUUAUCCUGAUAUGCCUAUUUCUAACAGAAAUCAAAAUGGUUGGUUUUGGUUUGGCGGAAUUACUAGUAAAAAUGAAGACACUCAACAUGCAAUGGAGGAGACUCUUGAUAAAUUAAGCAAUCUAGUCGAGAAAGAAGGAAUAGAAAUGACAAAUAUUGUUGCUGUGACACUUUACAUUCGUGAUAUGUCUAAAUAUCCUUUAAUAAAUGAAGUCUACGCUUCUAGAUUAGGUCAGACUAAUCCGCCAGUACGUGUUUGUAUUGAGUGCCCAUUAAAUGUUCACGUGGUACUUGAUGCCUUGGCUUAUAAGGAGAUAAAGAAAAACACAGAUGAAAUCAUUCUUAAAAGGCAUACAAUGCAUGUACAGAGUAUAAGUCAUUGGUCUCCUGCAAAUAUUGGACCUUAUUCUCAAGCAAUACGAGUUGGUCAUAUAAUUGCUGUCGCAGGACAAAUUCCAAUGGUACCUGGUAAUCUUACAAUACUUGACUUAAAUAUAAAACGACAAUGUCGUUUAUCUUUAAGACAUAUUAACCGAAUUGUGAAUGCAAUGGAUUCUUCAACUCAAUUACGGGAUAUUGUUCAAGGAAUUUGCUUUUUAACUCAUCCAAGUUAUAUAUCUGAAGCUCGAAAAGAGUGGGAAAAACGUACAAAUAAUGCUAUCGUUGAUUAUAUUGUUGUACCUAAUCUUCCUCGUGGAGCUCAUGUUGAAUGGUGUGUUUGGGCUCACCGACAUAAUAAUAGAUUUGAAUAUGAAGAAACUGGCAGGUGUGUUGGUAAUUUUAAAGUUGCGAUAAGACGGAGAUGGAACUAUGAGAACGAUGUUUCAGCAAUAGUUUGUUAUCUAUCAACAGGGUCAUCAAAUUCCACUGGAAAUUUAGCAGCUGAAACUUCACUCAAUUUACCAGAAUUAACAGAUUCAGAGCUGAAUGAAGCAUUCGAGUAUUUAUUAGCAAAGUUGACGAAAGAAUCACGUACAGAAAAUCCAACGUGCAGUUUACGGAUUUUUUAUAAAAUUAAUAGUCCACCAUCUCCAUGUAUGAUUCAGAGGGUUCUUAGUAAUUUUUCAAAUAGAAAUCUAGUCACAACUAUAAUACCAACAAUGCACUUGCAUAAUGUUAGUACCUUCUUGUCAGUUUGUGGUAUCAGACACGAGUAAAUACAAGAAUCUACCUCGUAAAUUGGUCAAUUAAUUUAAAGAAAACUCAAAUUAAGUUUAAUAUAAAAUUCUAUAUAAAAAUGGUCAUAGUGACAUCAAACUUUAUUAAUAACUCUAAAGCGAUUACUGUAAUCAAUAACUGGACACUUAAAAAUUAUCCGAAAAUUAUUAAUUUUUAAAUUGACUUGAAAAAAAAAUAUAUAUAUAUAUAUAUAUUUUAAUGAUAACUUUAAUAUUUUACGAAUAUUUAAGUAUU